AUGCACCAACGAAGCUGCAGAGUUAUUGAUGACCUUGAAGACGAGCUACAACAACAAAUGUCGGAAGUAUUAACUGAACAUCAGAAUGAGGAUAAUGUAGACUCAGUUAACCCUGAAAUAUCACAUAUAAACACGCAAGUAAACUUCCCUGACUUAAAAAAAGGAAUCAAACUACCCAAAUCGCCAUUGCAAUGGUCAACUGCUAACGACUUUUUCAAACAAACAUUUUCAAAUCUUCCAAUCACACCGCGGGAUUUAAAUAAUAACAUUAACACCAUGGCAACAGUCGUCUAUAACUAUUUCAGCGAGAAUUUUGGAUAUGUCAACAAUCGUAAUGAUGUUCAAUACCAAAGAAAAUAUGAAAGCUUUUUAACUAAAGAUUUGAAAAAAUCAUUAAAGAAAUUAAAAUUAGAAAACGGAGAUAUGUUGGAGAUCAAGUUUGUUGCAAAGAAACUGCGCAACCUUCUUAAUAAGUCUAAUACUACGGACCCAAAUAACACUGACAGUCAUGCGUCUGCAAAUAUUAAUCACGACAGUCUGAUUGGUAAAAGUUUCUGUGGUUUCGUUAAACGAUUUUUCAAAAAGAAUACUAGCUCAUUUCCAUCAUUUAACCUAGCAGAAUGUACAUCAUAUUUUACCAAAACAUUGUCCGCGAUUAGCCCAAAUAAAACAUUCAACAUCCCCAUUUGGAUCCCAAAAUUUGCAUCUCCUCAGACGCCUUUUAAUCUUGACCCCCCGACCUAUCAAGAGAUUACAAAUGUCAUCCGUAAAAUGAAACCGUCUGGCUCACCAUGUCCACUUGAUCAAAUAUCUAUCAUCUGUUUUAAACGCUGUCCUUAUUUACGCUCGUACUUAACUGAGAUAAUCCACGCAGCCUGGUCUUGCGGUGUUGUCCCGUCUUAA